UAUAGAGUACGGGUCAAGUAAAUGUCGUUUAGGGCUUGACCUCUCCAAAAUUAUGAUCGAUUGUCAUUUCCCAGCAGUGUUUGACGCCGUUUUUUUUUUUCGAUCAUAUGGUAUUAGAGAUUCAGAGUAGAGAGGUUAUAACGUCAACCUGGAUUUGUUAUUACGAAGUGCUAACGAUCACUUUACCAGAAAUGUAUUGAAAGGGCACGGAAAGAUUAAAUAAUAACAAGGGAAAUAUAAAAGCAGGAAGACAGGGGUUGAAGUGUUGGUCAAAGGCCGCCGUUAAGCAGUUUGUUACGAUCAGUAGCGACUCGUGGAUCAACUAAAUGGAAAAUAAGACUGAUAUCUAUCGUCACCCUCAAAAGGUAUAAAAAGAAGGGAUUGAUCAUAUUUACACGUUCAGUUCAAUUCGCUCUACAUAUUUAAGAGUUUCAGUUCUUAAAAAAUGGGUAGAAACUUGCCUGCUCCUGUACCAUGUAAAGUAUGCGGUGAUAAAUCCUAUGGUAAACAUUAUGGAGUUUACUGUUGUGAUGGUUGUUCAUGUUUCUUCAAAAGAAGUAUACGAAAAAACGUAUUUUACAGUUGUAUUUCUGGAGAUGGAAGAUGCGUAGUAGACAAAGCCAGAAGAAACUGGUGUCCUUACUGUAGACUUCAAAGGUGCUUUGCAGUAGAAAUGAACGUAUCAGCUGUCCAGGAAGAACGUGGACCAAGAAAACCAAAGUUUUUCGAAGAAAAAAUCUUCAGCAUAACCAACAGAAAUAUUUUCACCUCCCAACACAGUCAAACUAGCGAGAAAAUAGCCCAUAUUUUCUUAAUGACUAUUAAACACCUCAGAAAAAACUCAGGGUUUGGUUUGCUGAGUUACAAUUCACAGAAUAAAAUUUUAGGACAAACUUGGUCAUCAAUUUUCGUAUUGAGAUUAGCCCAGUGUAAAGAAAUGCAUGAAAAUAUAUUUUCGUUUUUGAAAUAUCCAAUAACUUACGUAAGAAGCAUGAAAUUAGAAGUUUUAGAACAAGAUCUACUAGAAAAUAUUCUCCUAUGUCGAGCAGAACUAUUGGAAGAUUCGAAACAAGCUUUUUUGGCAGAAUAUUUGCAAGAAAUGGCGAUGGAGGCAUUAUUUCUAAGAAACACGGAAAAUAAGAAGAGGUUUUUGAAAAUAAUUUCAUGUCUGAAUAUUCUUUACAGGUGCGAUCCUAAUGAAGUGUAUUUAAAGCUUUUUAAACCAAUUAUAGGUAAUGUUACUAUGGAAUCUAUCAUUGCCACUAUAUAAUA